AUGAGAUUCUCACAACUAGCCCCUGCCUUGCCCUUGUGGCUCGGAAGCGUGAAUGCGAACCAGAACUGGGCAGGCUGGGCAGGACCGGGAGAGCAGACGAAGUGGUCCGCCGCCUGCUGUAGCCCGAACGUCGUGGAUGUUGAUGUCGCCAUCAUUGGUGGUGGUUCCGGUGGUAUCCACGCCGCAAUUCAUUUGAAGGACGCCGGCGCUAGCGUUAUGGUCAUCGAAAAGAAGGACCAGAUCGGCGGCCACGCAGAAACGUACACCAACCCUACCACCGGCGUCGUCGCUAACGUCGGUGUUAUCGUUUUUGAGAAUACAGACCUGGUUAAGCGGUACUUCGCUCGCCUUGGAGUCCCCAUAAUCACUUCCAACCCCCGGACAAGCCCAAGUUCAGCAAAGAUAUAUGACUUCGCCUUAGGCAUUCCUAUCCCGGCCCCGGAUGACCAAGAGCAGGCCCUUCAAGCUGCCGCGCAAGCCUACACGAAGAAUGUGCUGAGCAAGUACGGAUGGAUUGACCAGGGCUUUUUGGUCCCGGACCCCGUUCCUAAGGAGUUGUACCUGCCCUUCGGCCAGUUGUCAGAGAAUUACAACUUUUCUGCUCUCCUUCCUAUUACCGCACAAUUCAACUGGUAUAUGGGCAACCUCACGACACUCCCCGCCCUAUACGGCAUUAAGAACCUCGGACCCGGCUUGCUCGGUAGUGUCCUAGGCGAGUUCAUACUAUCUGGCACAGGCGACAGCAGAAGCCUAUACGACGCGGCCCUAGAGGAACUAGGCUCCAGUAUCCUCUUGAAUACCACUAUCCUUAAUAUCGAUCGUCACUCCAAUUCUACUAGUGUGACUCUCUCGGUUACCCAGCCCGGAAGCGCCCCCAAGACAAUCCGUGCCCGUAAGUUGCUAGUCGCCAUCCCGCCGACCCUAAAGAACACCUGGUCCUUCGACCUCUCUAAGCAAGAGAUAGCCAUCUUCUCUAAAUUCUCCUCCCUCACCUACUUUACCGGCGUGGCUAAUGUCCCCGGUUUCAAUGGCUCGUUUAUCAAUAUGGGCGCCCUGACUCCUUUCAACCAGCCCAUCAUUCCGGGUAACAGCGGCUUCACCGCCACCGGAUCGCCUGACGAAUUCCUGAUCGCAGGGGGCUUCGACAGCGGAGACGUCACGGAUAAGGAAGGAAAAGACCUCGUCCGUAAGAACCUGGCCACUCUAGCGGCGGUGGGUGCCGUCCCGGCGGAUGCGGCACAUUCUGUCACCUUCCCAUACACCUCCAACCACGCGCCGUUUAACCUACGUGUCACGGCCGAGGAUAUCAAGGCUGGCUUCUACACCAAGCUGCUGGCGCUGCAGGGCUCCCGCAAUACGUACUGGACUGGUGCGGCGUUUUCUGGCCACAACAGCGCUCUGGUCUGGAACUGGAACGAGGGAACGAUUGUGCCUGGUCUGAAGAAGGACCUUGGCCUGGAAUAA